AUGGAGGAAGAUUCUUAUAAUCCUGAAAUAAAUCCUGAAAUACUUCAAGGCGACGAUAGUUCUAUUAAUUCUAUUGAAGAAAUUGAAGUUUUAAAUGUAAUAACAGUGGACCAAGAAUACGCUGAAAAAAGUCAGGUAUUUCAAGAGAAUCUAAAUAUAUUGCAAAAUCUGAAUAUAUUACCUAGUUCAGGCGACCCUCUCGAGGAAUAUUUUAGAGCUACUCAAACUUUGGUGUCUUGGAUGACAUCAAAUUUUCCUACAUUUCCUUCUUAUUCCACUUUACCAAUAGACCUUGAUUAUAUAAACCUUUCUGAUCAAUCAUUAUCUAAAAUAGAAACUGAAAUAAUAAGUAAACAAUUGGAUUAUAAUCAAUUAAAUGAUCUUUUAUUAUCAAAUGAUAACUCUUCUUCUCUCUUAAAUCCUAAUUUAUUAAAAGAACAUUCAAUUGCUUUUGAAAAAUUAUGGCAAAUUUUUUUUAAUUUAAUUGAAUUAGGAAAAUUAAAAUGUCAAGAGUUAAAAUGGGUGGCUGAACUUAAUAUAAAAGUUGAUGAAGUUGAUGUGGAAAUUAAAAAAGCGGAAGUUAUGUUAGAAGGUGUUGAGGAAUCAAGAAAGAAAACUCAUGAUGAUGUUGUUGCCGCAGAAGAAAUUGUUCAUGAUGUCAGUGAAAAAGUAAAAGAAGUUAAUCAACUUUAUCAACAUGAAAGAUUUAGAGCUCCUGAAGAUUUAAAAAUUCAUAUUCAACUUAUUAUCACUUCUAAUGUACCUAAUUUAAAAAAUAAAAUUAAUAUUACUAAACAAACCUUGGCUUAUGAUCGUCGUAUAGUAAGAUGGUUUGAUGGUUCAAAUGAAGCUGAUAAAAUAAUUUCUGAUACAUUAAAUAGAGUUAAACAAUUAGAAGUUCCCGAUUUCAUUAAUAAAUAUGAAUGGUCCGAAGAACAACAAAAUUUGGAAUCUUUGGUGAAUGAAAGAAGAAAAAUCAUUCAAGGAAUUGAUGAAUCUGUUCAAGAAUUAAAAUCUACUAGAAUUGAUGAACUUGAAAAAAAAUUUGAUGAAACAAUAACUAUCAUUAAAGAUUCCUCUGAUAGCGAAGAACAAACUGUUAUAGAGUUAAUGACAAAACAAUUUAAAAAUCUCAAUGAAAGAAUUAUAAAAUUAACUGAUUUCAUUACUCUCCUUUUAUCUCAAACCACUACUGAACGUUAUUCAAUGGUAAUAAAUAAUUUGAUUUCUAUGCAAAAUUCACGUAAUCAAAUGGCUCAAAUAAGAAAGACAAUUAUUGAACAUAAUGAUGCGGGUUUAGUACAUGGUGAUGUCAAAGAUUUAGAAUCUCAAAUUACUAAUUUCGAAAAUGAAUUGUUGACUGAUAAUUCCGCUCUCUCAAAAGCUUUAAGGCAAAAACAUUCAAAAUUAUUAAUGACCAUCCAAAAUAUUCGUAUUGCUCUGGCCGAAAAUAGACUUCAAAUGGCUGCUUAUUUAAGUCCAUCAAGUCCUUCUUCUCCCACUUCUGCUGGUUCCGAAUUUGAACGUUUACAAGUUAAAAUACGUGAUAAAUUAGAAUAUUUUCAUUCUCAUCUUGCUUUCCCUCCCACUUAUCUAAACGAUACUGAUGCCGAAAACGAAGAACCUGAACGUGUUCAUGGUCUAACUUGUAAUGAUGAUCACGUUGAAGAAUUUAUUGAACGUUAUAAUUUAAUUGAAUCAGAAUUAAUUUCUUUUGAAAGAAGUCAAUGGGUGGAAUUUUGGUUGAAAAGUGAACCCGUUAAAAGAAUUCGUGGAAAUGAAGUUGCUGAAGAAAUAAAUGAAAUGGAAUCAAAAUUCGCUUCAAUAAAAGAUUUAAUGGAAGAUCGAAAACGUGAUAUUCAAGUAAUUAAGGAAGGUAGGACAUUUGCAAAAGCUGUUAAUGAAAUUCGUGAUAAGCUUGAUAACGUUAAAGGUCAAAUGAGAAGAGGUGAUACUACAACUGAUGCCUCUAUUCAAGAAUUGGAUGCUCAUAUGGUAGAUGCUCGUAAUUUAAUUAAAAGUCUUGCAUCUUCUUACGCUCACCUUUUAAGCGUUGAUGCAGAAGAUCAGAGUUACAAAGAGGCAUUUGAAAAUCAAAAAGUUCAAUUAGUAAAAGUUGAAGCUUGGAUUGAAGAAGUUCGUAUUUGGUUUAAAGAGGCAGAACGGAUACGUAUUUGGAUCGACGAACGUAUCAAUACUUUGGAAAAUGUACCUAAAGUUGAUGUUUUUCAAGAAGGAGACGCACCUGCCACCCAAGAAGAAGUUGAUGAAUGGCAAAAUGAUUAUGAAGAAAUGGAAAGAAAGACAGAAAAAUUUGACGAGGAAGAUAUUACACGUCUAAGAGCUCAUGUAAAAAAUAUAAUGGGCAAUGAAGUAGCUGCAUCAGAUUCAAUGUCUCCAGCUGAUACAAUGACCAUUUCAAUCACUUUAAAAACAUUAAAAUUGUUAGAUCAAUUAUUAGGAAUGUUAAAACGUCGUGAUAAUCAAUUAGCUGUGUUGUACACCCGUGUACAAUGGGAACGUGAAUUUAAAAAUGCAAUGGAUAUUUGGAAUAGGAUAAAUGGUGAAACUAGAUCAUUUAUUUUAGAUCAUGGUAGAUGGAAACCUCCAAUUUCAAAUGGAGAUGACGGGUGGCCAUUAAAAUCUUCUCAACCUAGUCAACGUGAUGUUACAAUCGAAGCAAACGCUAUUGAAAGAAGCAUUAUAGAUUUCGAGAAUAAUACAAUACCUCCAACAACUGAAAUAUUUGACGAAUUAGUUGAACUAUCUCCAAUCGAAGUUCCCGAACAUUUAAUGGUAAAACAAGAGAAUCUUGAAGAAAGAGAUAUGAAUAAAUUGAAAUCUUAUAUGGAUUUUGCCAAAGAAGUCCUUAUGCAACGACAACAAGUUUUAGAAUACACAAAUUCUGCUGAUAAAGCACACCUUGAUUGUACAGAACUAAGGGAUCAAUUAAUAAUCGAAGAAGAGAAUCCACGUGGUGGAUCAGUCGAAAAAAAAUAUAUUGCACGUGUCGAAGAGUUAGAGAAGCGCAUAAAUAAUUCAUUAAAAUCUACGACUGAAUCGAUACGUUAUCCUGAAUAUUUUGAACAUGACCCGUCAGAAAAUGUUGUUGUUCGAGAAGCAGUACAAAUGUAUCACAAAAAAUUGGAGGAAGUACUUGAAGAAACCAAUGAAGCAUUAAAAAAUUAUCAACGUUCUCUGAAACUUAAGAAAAUGGCAGAAGAAUAUAAGAAAGAAGCUGAAAGAUUAGGAAAUUGGAUUUCCCAAAAAGAUAAAUUUGUGAUUAAUCGUAAAUUCGACGUUUUUCGUAAUCCAUGUAAUUUUUCUUCCAAAGAUAUUGAAGAUUAUGCUGCAGGAAAUGCGCAAAUCGUUGUGGACGUACAUAAUUUUGAUCAAGAUGAACUAAAAACUUUAAAAGAAAAAGUAGUAGCACUUGUGGAUGAAGUAAAAUCAAUAAAAACGAAAGCUGUAAAUACUGAUGAAUUAGAAAGUAUGAUCGUUACCCUUGAUGAAAAACUUAAUGGACUUCGGGAUAACAUCCAGAUUCUUCAAUCUCGUGAACCUGAUGAGGUAAAUUCUGCACAAAAACGUCUUACAUGGGAAGAAUCACACAAGAAUUCUAGCGAUUUUAUUAAUGACUCUCUAAAAAGAACUAAAAGUUUCAUUGCAGAAAAAGCAUCAUGGAAACUUAAAACCCCUGAGGAUAUAAAUGCGCGUGAAGUUCUUGAUAAUGAAUUCACAACAAUUGAAGAAAAUAUCAACAAUUUUGUAUCCAAUGUUAUAGUCUCGAACAAGUCAAAUUAUGAUGCGUUUAUUGAAGCCAGUGAUAAAUUAACUACUGAUAAGGAACCUAGAAAGAAACUCGAAGGCCGUCAAUCUGAACUUGAAAACAAUGUAACUAAACUCAAAGAUCAUGUUUCAUAUUCCCGUGACCUUUUGAAUCAACGUGCUGAAAUGGUAGAAUAUAAUGCAGAAGCUACAACUUUGGACAAUUUUGCGUCUGAACUCAAAGAUAAUUUAAUUCAAGCCGAAAAAAAUGUUUCCUCCGGUCCUAGUGAAAUUGAUUUUGAUUCAAAGAUCAAAGAAUUCAACCAAAAAGUUACCACCUUAUGGGAUGAAAAAGGUUCUAAGAUCUCAUAUCCAACUAGUACCAUCAUGGAUGAAGUAAAAGUUACGAAAAACGAAUCAAUUAAAGAAGCAGCCCAAAAACGCCUUUCAACAUUGCGUCAUGCAGAAGAUGAAUUGAAUAAAUUAUAUGAUACUUAUAAAUCCUCUCUUGCUCUUCAAGAGCGUGCCAAUGAAUGCAUAAAGAAUUCCGAACGUUUACAAAGUACUAUAGAAGAUCGGUUGAAGACCCUUAAUGACCUAAAAGUUGAUCCUCUUUCUCAAAUAUAUCCAUAUGAUACACCUCAAGUUCAGGAAAUGCUUGAUAAUCACGAACUAUUUAAGCAAGAGAAUACUCGUAUUGAUCUUGAAGAUAUUAGUGAGGUUCGUCGUAAUGUUGAAUCUCUAAUUGAAGAUAUCAAGAAAGCUAAUUGUAAAAGUGUCGACCCUAAACCAAUCCGUGAAUCUCUUAACAAUCUUAACAAAAUCUUUGGAGAUAUUCAAAAUUUAUCAUCACUACAUCAAUUGGAUCUAAAUGUAUUGCAAACCCGCUCCAAAUGGGAAGAGUUAUAUGAUCCCAAUUUAUCUUCAAUUAAAGAUUUAACGAGUGAAAUCAAUGAUUUUAUUGAAAAUAAAGCAAGAUGGAAUCAGGAAAAUUCACAACCUAUGACUGACUUACAAGAUGAAUUCAUAAAUUUGAAACAAAAAGUUACUAAAUUUGAAGAAAAUUCAUUGUUUUCAUUCAAAACUGCCUAUAAUGAAAUGGCAACUUCAAUGAAAUCAUUUCUUUCCAAAUCACCUCCUCCACAACAUAUUGUUGAUCGUCAACUUGGCUUAAAUAAAAAAUUCGAUGAACUAGUUGAACGUGUAAAUCUAAGUGAUCAAGUAUUAAAACAACGUGAAGCAAUAAAUUCAUUCUUUAGUCAAUCCGAUACAGUUGAAAAAGAAGGUGACGCAUUAAAAGCUUUAAUAAAUUCUGCUGAAGAGAAUGGCGAAGUUGAUCCCAGUUUUCCCGAAAAGGUUGCCACCUUUAAUAAAAAUUUGGAUGACUUAAGAAAAAAUUUAGCUGACAAAAUUCCAUACCCUAAAGACAAACUUUCCGGAGAGGACAUAGAUGCAUCAAUAAAGCAGGCAAGAUAUCUUAUAACAUCGUAUAAAAUAAAUAAAUUUGCUGUAAAUGAUCGUUUGCAAGAACUUGAUCAAUUAUCUAAAGGACUUGAUGAUUCAUUAAAAUCAUAUCAAGAAACGAUGAGUCUUUCGGAGGAACUUGAUAAUGUACUUUCAGAUUCUAAGAAACUUGAAGAUGAACUUGAUCGUUUCACUUCUGAAAAGGCUUUAUGGAAAUCACAAGAAAGUCCAGUUGCUGAAAGUGAGAUUGACUCUGUUAUAAAAAAACUAAAUGAUGAAUUGGAAGACAUAAAAAAGAAAAUUUCAGAUUUUGAAAAUAAAAAGGUUGAACCAAUAAAUAAUAAAAUUGAUGAAUAUCAAACUUCGAAGAGUGAAUUUGAAAAAGAUAUUCCGGAACAUGUGAAAAAUAGACAACAAGCAGUAAAUGAUUCAAUGCAAAAAUUAAAAUCGAUUGAAGAUUAUGCCAAAGAAAUUCUGUUGUCCAAUGAACCAAGUUCUCCUGGCGGAGAAGGAAACUCCGUUUCUAUAGCUGUCAACAGUUUUUCAGAGAGAGUCAAAGAUUUAUGGGAUGAUGUUGCAUCCAAAAUCAUUUAUCCAACAUGUUCAGUUCAGAAUGAUCAAGAUCGAACUGCUCAUUCAGAAGAUUGUAAUUCAGUAAUUCGCGAAGCAGUUAAGGCACAAAACGAAUCCCUCGCUUCAUUAUCAAAUAGUUUGAAUGAUCUCUUACACACACAUAAGAAUGUAUUGCGACGCAAGUUGUUGAUUGAAUCUUACUUAAAACAAGCCAAUGAUGUCGCUUCAUGGAUUCAACCAGGAUUGAAUACAUUAGAAGGAAUUCUUAACAAUGAGAACUUGUGUGAUUUGUCAGAAGACCAAUUACAUCAACUUAUUUCUGAAAUUGAUGCUAUAGAAGCCGCACGACAAUCUUAUCAUAGUACAUUUGAUUUUGCCAAAAAUUUAGCUAAUAAAUUAAUUGAAGAUAUGACGAACGAAACUAAAGGUGAUAAUGUAGAUGAUGAUGUUAAGGCAGAUCUCGAACUUGUUCUCUCCAAAUCACAAGAAAUUGAUACCUUAUGGGAGAACUUACAAGCCAAUGUUCCAAAAGCAAAACAAAUAAUAGAUCAAGCACUUCAAGUUAAAGACUUCAAAGAAAAAGCCAAAGAAGUACUUUCAAAAAUAAAUGAAUUAUCUAAUAUCAUGAUUAAAACUCCAGUAGAAGAUGUAUCUGAUGCUGAUAUGAAAGAUUGGGAGAUUAAAUUGAAUUCAUUAGAACAAACAGAAUUAUUUUCAUUGAUUAAGGUUUAUGAUUUGGUUCGAGAAAAUUUACAAGUAAAUAUUGGCGCAUUAAGUGAGAAAGAAGCUAUAGAAAUGGAAGAAGUUUUUCAACAGAUAGUUAAUGCUAUAGAUAAUAUGAAAAAUAUAUUUAAAGAAAAGAAUGAUGAAGUUGAAGCCUAUCAAUCCGAACAAAUUGCUAAAGCCUUUAUUUGUAAUGUUAAUGAUUUACAACAAUGGAUUGAUGAUACUAUAUCAACCUUUCAAAAUGCCAAACAAAAUAAUAGUAUAAUGGUUGCUAAUUCCAGUGAUUUGAACAAUAAAAAUUUCCAUGAUUUGACAGGAGUUAUUAAAAAUUUUAACAAUCAAUUACCAGAUCGUAUGAGUCAACUUGAAAGAAUCCGUUCAGACUUCAUCGAUAUAAAUUCAAGGGAAAGUGGUCAUGAUUUACAAGAAAUAACAGAAUAUCAUUCCAAUCUUGAUGACGCUUGGGAAAAACUUGACACAUCAGCAGAAGAUAUUAACAAAUUAUUAGAAAAGGUAUCCACAUGGCACGAUAGGCAUGAAGACAUAUAUCGAAUCGAAAACGAGAUAUUUAAUGUAUUGGAAUCUCGAAUUAAUUCAUUAUCAAGUAUUGAUUUCAAUAAAUUGGAAGCCGAGGUUAAAGAAUUAGAUGAAAACAUCAAAAAGGCUUCUAUUAUGCUUGAAGAAGUCAAAACUGCUGCGUUGCAAAUUCAUGAUAUUCCCAAUAAUGUUAUUGACGAAUUUAACCGACAAAACUUUGAUAUUCACUAUGAUCAAGCGGUUGAGAGACUUGCCCAUUUAUCCGAAUCAUUUCAAACAGCUCUCGCCGCAGCACACAAUGCUUCACAGUUGGCAGCAUUUCACGCGGAUGCUAAUAGAGUCAUUGCCUCUUGUUAUGAAGGAAUAGCAAUUGUUAAAUCACGAAAUGAAGAAUUAGAACGUAGUAGUUAUUAUGCUCUUGAAAUUGAUUCCCUCUCAAAUCUUCUUUACGAUGCUCUUGAUGGGAAUACACAAAGUAAAGAAAAAUUGGAAAAAUGUGAACAACAAGUAAAAAAUAAUUUGAAAGAUGAAGCCGAUAAGUUAAUUGAACAGAAUCCUGAAACAAAUAAAGAACGCGUAUUAAACAUUUUCAAUAAAGUCACAGUAGCCUUGGAUCAAUUCAAUGAUGCUGUCGUACUUGAACAUCGUGAACUUGACCUUGUACGCAAAGUCCACACACAUACUAAAGCCGCACAUGACAUUAAAAAUUGGAUGUCAGCUUGUAAGAAGGCAGCAUUGGAAAUUCAAGUUGGUACAGUUGAGCAAGAGGAAGGAAUCUGUGAAUUAGAAGAUAAAGUUGCUAAAUUCCAAGCUACAGUCGAUGCAUUCAAAGGAAUGAGUCAUCAAGUUCUUUUACCCGAAAUCAAUAAUGUUGAUAUCGAUGAACCUCGACCAGAGGAAUCUAAUCCUAUUAUAAAAGAAUCUAUUCAAACACGUACCAAUCGUGUAUUGGAAGAUUGGUAUGCUCUUAAAGAUUUAGUAAACCAUUUAAGAAUAAGUCUUAAUGCAUCAAAAGAAAGUCAAGAGGUUUCUCGUGCAAUUAACGAUAUUUUAGUUGCUGUUGGUCAAGUCAAAGAAAGGGUAUUAAACAUUGAAUCUUUUGUAAAUGGUGAUGGAGUUCCCAGACUACCAACAAUAGAUGAUGUAGAAAAUGGGGAAAGGGAACUCGAAGAAAUUCAAGCAGAAGUUGAUCAUAUUCUUGGACACAAAAUUGAUGCCUUAGAUGAUUUGAUAAAUAAUUUAACCGAACGUGAUGUUGGUUACGUACAACAACGAGCUGGUAUUGCGGAAACCUUAACAAAUCUUGCUAGCAUUAUUGAUAAUAAGAGAUCUCAACUUAAAGAAGCGCACAAUUUGGCAAUAUUUGGUACCAAAGCAGAUGAAAUGAAUGCACUAAUGAGGUCAUUACUUGAUGUAAUUGAUGUUGCAAGUAAAACCGAAGAUGGUAGUCCACUUGAAUUAUUAAUACCAAUUGAAUUACAAUCACGUUCAAUCGAGGUUGAAACCAAAUAUAAUUAUUAUCAGCCUAAAAUCGAUCAAAAAUUAUUAGAAGCACAACAUUUAGCAGAACAAAUGAAAGACGAUUGGCGAGUUGUGGAUCGUUUGGGAAUUCUUAAUGAGCAAUGGAAUGAGUUGAAUGAAGUAGCUUUAUCCAAAAAAGAACAACUAAAACGUAUACUUUCAGGGCAAAAAUCAUCACCAAGAACACCAACAACAAGACAUGCCCGUUCAAACUCCCAAAUAUAUUCAGGUUCCAGACCAUUUUCACCCACCAAAUAUAGUCGUUCAUCAACCAGACCACCAUCUCGAAAUGCUAUUACCCCUAAAACAUCCUCGUCGUCAUUAAGAUACCGAACUGGCACCCCGAAAACUCCAACGCGUUUUACACCGAGUCCAACACCCGGUGUCCCAGGUUCACCAAGACGUCCGCCAAUUCGGUUAUUACCACACUCUGUAAAUAAUUACAUUCCGGAUCCAAACGAUGAUCUAGACGUUGAAGUUGCACGUAUUGUAAAUGCUUGUCCAGUAAAGAUUUCAGUUUCUAUGGUCGAAGGAGAAUCAGGAAAAUAUAUGUUUGGCGAAGUUGAUCCUAAACUUUGUUAUUGUAAAAUUUUAAGAAGUCGGAUGGUUAUGGUUCGAGUUGGAGGAGGUUGGGCAGAGUUAUCAAAAUUCCUUGUUGAACACGCUAACCUGGAACAAAAGUACAUCCCCAAAGCCCGAUCUUUUGUCGGAAUUGACGGAAAUGACGAAAACGAACCAACCACAAGUAAAUCCUCUCCUGGUCCCAAUGUUCGCAAGGAGAACAUCUCGAAGGGGCCCGACGUCCGAUUCGACGAUCCAACAAAAAGCGGCAGUCCCUUGGCGUUGAAACGCAUGACAUACACCAGAAAAGUGAGUAGUUUAGAUAAUAAUGAUAGAUCCCGUUUCGGUAAACCAAAAUCCCUUUCACUUCAAAAGCUUAAUCCUCGUAAGAUCAGUUGGACGAUAGUAUAUCGUCGCAUGCAUAAAAAAGGCAUCACUGAAGAGGUUGCAAAGAAACGUACUCGUCGUACGGUUAAAACUCAACGUGCAAUUGUUGGUGCAUCAUUGGAAGUUAUUAAGGAUAAACGUAAUCAAAAACCCGAAGUGAGAGAAGCUGCUCGGGCCGCUGAUAUCCGUGAAGCUAAAGAGAAAAAGAAGCAAGAACAGGCUAAGAGAAAAGCCGAGAAAGCAAAGACUGCACAAGCUACAAAUCGUGGUCAACAAAAAAUUUCGAAACAACAAGCUCGUGGUGCUCAGUCUAAAAUCUCUGGGAAAAGUCGUUAA